AGACCGACAGCAUUGCCGGCCUCUUCUAUUGCCCUAACACAUUUUUGCGUGACUCAAGGUGGAUGACCAUGAGGUCUUCCUAUAGAAGUAGUGAACAUAAAAGGCCAUUCUGUCUCCCAUUUAUAUUCUUUCUUCUAUAACCUUCAUCUACAUCACUCUCUUAUUCGAACCGAACCGUAUCACUCACGGCUGCUCGUCAGUACAUGACACUCCUUUCAAUACCUACAAUCUUCAUCUAAAUACUAUCUUCAGGACACAAAUCAAACCACAUCUUCCCUAGAUAUUUUUCUACCUUCGUUAUUCUACGAUUAUCACCAAAUCCAUCCGUUAUCUUUUCUUUCAGCCCUAAAGACGUCCCUCUCCAACCCAUAACCUUCUGAUCUCGUGAAUAAAUUACUUCUACCAUACCUACCAUCACCUGCACUCACUUGAGCCCAACUGAAAUACCUAGGUGAGUUAACUGAACCAUAAAUCUCCCCAAGACACACGCACACAAGUUACUUACCUACUCUUCACGUAGGACACUUAUUCUGUAUUCAGAAGACCAACAAGGAUUCCUUUCUCCUACAUACACUCAUACUCACCAGUGGAUAAAUAGCCAUGUCAAACUUUGACCUUGCUACCUCCCAGCCUGGCUAUCAUCGUGACCACCAUCAAGGUCGCGAUGAUGCCAGCAACGGCAAUGUGGAGUCGAUGCUCUCGAGCGAUCUCCAAGACUGGCUACAACUCACUCAGUGGCAUGAUGUUGAGUUCCGCGAGAAGGAGCUAAGCAACUACAGACAGAAGGAUGAACACAAGCCCGAUGUGGUGGGUAAUCAUCGUACCUACGACAAGCCCGCUAAGGAGGAUGAACUAGCCCUUGCUACCAUUGCUGAGGCUUCAAAAGGUCCCAAGACGAGUUUCGCAGUUCCGAUUCGCGAAAACGCUGGUUCCCGGAGACCUCGUGCCCGUUCUACCUCGCCUGUGGAUUCACACCGUAACAAGCACACCAACUACCGUGUCCGUGACUAUCCAGAGUCCCGCAGUAUGGGCCACAACCAGCGCCGAGUUGACGGUGGACUUCCAGCCGGUCAUCGUCGUCGUCUGACCGAAAUUUCGGCAUAUGCUACCGCAUCGCCAUCUGGAUCUGACCAUCACGGCCCGAACGGUGGCCAAGAAGACGCGCGUGACCUCGCUCGCGAAAGAAUUGCUCGCCGCCGUCCCAAGUCAUUCGAGGUUGGUGAUAGAGGCACGGUGCGAUUCUUCGUCAUGAGAUCUGGCAGUUGGAACAAUCUCUACAACUCGAUGGAAGAUGGCAUCUGGGCCACCAACGUCACCAAGGCAGACAUGCUUGGCGAAGCAUUAUCUCAGGGCAUUACUGUAGUGCUCUUCUUCGCCGUCAAUCAUUCUCACGGCUUUCAGGGCUAUGCCGUUAUGAAGUCAGCACCGUCGAAGGACGUCUAUCACCCAAACUGGUGGUACAACGUCAAGUGGAAGAUCUCAGAACCCUUCGAGGUGGAAUGGAUUGUUAUGGAACACGUCGAGACCACACGUGUAUCCCAUAUCCUCAACGGCCUCAACUACGACCUUCCUGUCACCCGAAGCGCAAAUGGUCAGGAGCUCAGUUACAGCGCCGGCCUACAAAUGGUGACAGUUAUCAAUGGCUACGCCCGAGACACAUUUGCACGCACAGGACGAGUUCGUUAGUGUGCCAAGAUUACCGAGAUGCGAUGCCUUGGGGCUUUCAUACGAGGAAAUUUA